AAUAAUCAUGGGCCAGACUGGGAAGAAGUCUGAGAAGGGACCAGUUUGUUGGCGGAAGCGUGUGAAAUCAGAGUACAUGCGACUGCGACAGCUCAAGAGGUUCAGGCGAGCCGAUGAAGUGAAGAGUAUGUUUAGUUCCAAUCGUCAGAAAAUUUUGGAAAGAACGGAAAUCCUAAACCAAGAAUGGAAACAGCGAAGGAUACAGCCUGUUCACAUCCUGACUUCUGUGAGCUCAUUGCGCGGGACCAGGGAGGCCAUUCACCUGCUCUUCCCUCUACGAUUUUCCAUAACACAGUUUUUACUUGGAACCAGCCUUCUGCCAAGAGUCUCAGUUUGGUUGUGUACUCCUACAACUCCUAUUUUUGGCUUGACUUCCCUCUCCAGCUCCCAGUGGUCCAGCCACACAGUCGCCUAUUGUACCAGCUGGUUGAUUGUUCGGUGACCAGUGACUUGGAUUUUCCAACACAAGUCAUCCCAUUAAAGACUCUGAAUGCAGUUGCCUCAGUACCCAUAAUGUACUCUUGGUCUCCUCUACAGCAGAAUUUCAUGGUAGAAGAUGAAACUGUUUUACAUAACAUUCCUUAUAUGGGGGAUGAAGUUUUAGACCAGGAUGGGACUUUCAUUGAAGAAUUAAUAAAAAAUUAUGAUGGAAAAGUACACGGGGAUAGAGAAUGUGGGUUUAUAAAUGAUGAAAUUUUUGUGGAGUUGGUGAAUGCUCUUGGCCAGUACAAUGAUGAUGAUGAUGACGAUGAUGGAGAUGAUCCUGAUGAAGGAGAAGAAAAACAGAAAGAUCUGGAGGAGAACAGAGAUGAUAAAGAAAGCCGCCCACCUCGGAAAUUUCCUUCUGACAAAAUUUUUGAAGCCAUUUCCUCAAUGUUUCCAGAUAAGGGCACAGCAGAAGAACUAAAGGAAAAGUAUAAAGAACUCACUGAGCAGCAGCUCCCAGGGGCACUACCUCCAGAAUGUACCCCGAACAUAGAUGGACCAAAUGCUAAAUCUGUUCAGAGGGAGCAGAGCCUGCAUUCAUUUCACACACUCUUCUGUAGGCGAUGUUUCAAGUAUGACUGCUUCCUACACCCUUUUCAUGCAACACCUAACACUUACAAGCGGAAGAACACGGAAACAGCUCUGGACAACAAGCCUUGUGGACCACAGUGUUACCAGCAUUUGGAGGGAGCAAAGGAGUUCGCUGCCGCCCUCACUGCUGAGCGGAUCAAGACGCCCCCCAAACGCCCAGGAGGUCGCAGACGAGGGAGGCUUCCCAACAACAGCAGCAGGCCCAGCACCCCCACCAUUAAUGUGCUGGAGUCAAAGGACACGGACAGUGACAGGGAAGCUGGGACCGAAACGGGUGGAGAGAACAAUGAUAAAGAAGAAGAGGAGAAAAAAGACGAAACUUCGAGCUCCUCUGAAGCAAAUUCUCGGUGUCAAACGCCAAUAAAGAUGAAGCCGAACAGUGAGCCCCCUGAGAAUGUGGAGUGGAGCGGGGCCGAGGCCUCCAUGUUCCGGGUCCUCAUCGGUACCUACUACGACAACUUCUGCGCCAUUGCCAGGUUAAUUGGGACCAAAACAUGUAGACAGGUGUAUGAGUUUCGGGUCAAAGAGUCCAGCAUCAUAGCUCCAGUUCCCGCUGAGGAUGUCGAUACUCCUCCAAGGAAGAAGAAGAGAAAACACCGAUUGUGGGCUGCACACUGCAGAAAGAUACAGCUGAAAAAAGACGGCUCCUCUAACCACGUUUACAACUACCAACCCUGUGACCAUCCACGGCAGCCUUGUGACAGUUCGUGCCCUUGUGUGAUAGCACAGAAUUUUUGUGAAAAGUUUUGUCAGUGUAGUUCAGAGUGUCAGAACCGCUUUCCUGGCUGCCGCUGCAAAGCACAGUGCAAUACCAAGCAGUGCCCCUGCUACCUGGCUGUCCGGGAGUGCGACCCUGACCUGUGUCUGACGUGCGGAGCUGCUGACCACUGGGACAGCAAGAACGUGUCCUGCAAGAACUGCAGCAUCCAGCGGGGCUCCAAGAAGCAUUUAUUGUUGGCACCAUCUGAUGUGGCUGGCUGGGGGAUUUUCAUCAAAGAUCCUGUACAGAAAAAUGAAUUCAUCUCGGAAUACUGUGGAGAGAUAAUUUCUCAAGAUGAAGCCGACAGAAGAGGCAAAGUGUAUGAUAAAUACAUGUGCAGCUUUCUCUUCAACUUGAAUAACGAUUUUGUGGUGGACGCAACCCGUAAGGGUAACAAAAUUCGUUUUGCAAAUCAUUCAGUCAAUCCAAACUGCUAUGCAAAAGUCAUGAUGGUGAAUGGCGAUCACAGGAUAGGGAUCUUUGCGAAGAGAGCCAUCCAGACUGGUGAAGAGCUGUUUUUUGAUUACAGGUACGACCCAAAGCAGGUGGGACAGCGCCCGAGGACACACUGUGCUGGAGUGGGAGGACGCGGUGAAUGAGGCGCAGCUGGGUGUCACUGGAUGUGUGUGCCUUUCUCUGCACCCACUGAAGUAAGUGGGUGGUUGUGUUCAUUCUCACCUUGGUGGGCCGCGGUCAUGCCUGUCUCCUGCCGUUUCAGAUACAGCCAGGCCGACGCCCUGAAGUACGUGGGCAUCGAACGUGAGAUGGAGAUCCCUUGACGUCUGCUACCUCCUCCCCGCCUCCUCCAAAACAGCUGCCUUAGCUUCAGGAACCUCGAGUACUGUGGGCAAUUUAGAAAAAGAAAAUGCAGUUUGAAAUUCUGAAUUUGCAAUGUACUGUAAGAAUAAUUUAAUAGUAAUGAGUUUAGACGUCAACUUUUUAUGCCUUCUCACCAGCUGCAAAGCGUUUUGUACCAGCAAGUUUUUGCAAUAAUGCAGUAUGGUACAUUUUUCAACUUUGAAUAAAUAAUACUUGAACUUC